UAUUCAUUUCGUGAUAAAAAUGAGCUUAAAAUACAAAAUCUGUGGCUUUUCAACGACAAAUCAAUAUUUAACAGUGUCUAAUAACAUCAAUCACCAUGAAAGGACAAAAAUUAUCAUGGAAACGUUAUUCAUCAUGUGUCACCUUAAAUCAUUGUUUAUUAACAUUUUUGAUCGUUAUUUCAUGUGUCAAUUAUUCCCAUGGUUUUUGGGAUUGGGUGCCUUUCUGGUCAUCACAGCAGGAUGCUCGGCCAACGUCGAUUUGUGGUGUCGGUGAGUUUAGUUGCCACUCGAAAACGUGGUGUUUUAAAUCGAACCGGAUUUGUAAUGGAUUCAAUGAUUGUUGGGAUGGAUCAGAUGAGCUCAUAUGUCCAAAUAAAACUUCAAUAAUUUAUCCAGCUUUAAAUUGUAUGGGUGGCGAAUGUCCUUUGUCAUACAUAAAUAAAGAGAUUUCACCUCUCUGUGAUUUUUGGGAUGAUAGAAAUGUAGCAUGUAAACAUCACAAAGGAAAACCUUUGAUCGCCUUUUCCACAUUAAAUGCCUUGUAUGAGACUAGGUUACCAGUAGAUCGUUCAAAAAUACAAGUAAACGCGACACUCCAACAAAUAAAUUUGACUGAAAUAAGUGCUUUUGAUUACGAUAAUUUGGACGAUCUUUUGAUUUGGUUAGAUAAUCGUGAUGACAAGAUAUUUUGGGGAAAAUUCGUUCAGACUGAUAAAGUUGAAAUGCUUGGCAGUCAAGUAACUGUUAAUGGGAUAAAUAUGAUUUUUGGAUUCGCUUAUGAUUGGAAGUACCAAGCUAUAAUCUGGAUAGAUAGAUAUGGAAUCCGCUCAAAAAGAUUGUAUUAUGAGAUGGAGCAACCUAAGCUUUACCGUACUUUGGAUCUUGAUUAUGAUUACCCUGGAUGUAUCACUAUCGAUGUCAAGAAACGUUUAAUCUUUUGGACAAGUAUUGGUUCCGAUCCAGGCAGAGUUAUUGAUUAUCCUAAGUUCAUCGAGCGAAUCGAUAUAAGUGGUGAACCUGAAACCAAAAAAAUAGUUGAAACGAACAUCUUUAGUCCAGUUGGCUUAGCCCUCGACACUAGACAAAAAAAAGUCUAUUGGUUUGAUGAAGUAUUUGGUACGAUGGAAUCGGCCGGAUAUGAUGGAACCAAUCGUAUCAUUUUGUAUAGAUCUUUGCCCUUCAUAGGUAAUCGCAUAUCAAUGGACAUAUUUUCAAAUUAUUUGUACUUCACUGAUAAGGUAAACAGUAAAAUCCAUCGAAUCAAUAUAAACAGUGCAGUCAGUAAAGUUGAUACAUUGAUAUCGGUACCUAAUGGUCCACCUACAUGGAUUAAAAUAGUUAACCCUAUGUCAAUGUUGGGGGAAUACUUGUAUUUCAGUUUCGAAGAAAUGUGAUGGAACUCCUUUAUUGUAAAGAUAGUUCCGAUAAAAAAUGUUUGCAUCAUGGAUGUGAUGAAAAGUUAUUUAAAUGUACAAAUGGUAAAUGUAUUCCCAAAAAUUGGCUUUGUGAUUCAGAAGAUGAUUGCAGUGACAAAUCGGACGAAGUAAACUGUAAAAUCACAUGUCCACCUUCCCAGUUUACUUGUAUCAUUGGUAAUAAGUGCAUCGAUAAAAUGUUACAGUGUAAUGGUAUUACAGAUUGUCCUGAUGGAUCAGACGAAAAAGAAUGUGGUCAUGAUUGUUCAGAAAAGGAGUUUAGGUGUGACGAUGGUACUUGUAUUGAUAAGUCAUUCCAUUGUGAUCAAGAGUUUGACUGUAAAGAUCAGAGUGAUGAAAAAAAUUGUCCCAACACUGUAUGUGCAAGUAAUCAGUUCACAUGUAGUGACGGAAAAUGUAUUGCUGAUCUAUACCGAUGUGAUGGUAACAUGGACUGUAAAGAUGAAUCAGACGAACUUGGAUGCCCCAUGGCAUUGAAUACAUCACAUGCCACUAUUUUCUGCAAUGACAAAUCUUUCCAGUGUCACGACAAAUUGGAAUGUAUCCACAUUGAUUGGAAGUGUGAUGGUUCACCUGAUUGUAAAGACGGAUCAGACGAGAAAGAUUGUAUUUAUAAUGCUACGUGUCGCCCUGAUCAAUUCAAAUGUAAUUCAACCGGUCAAUGUAUUCCUUCUUACAUGAGAUGUAAUGGUGCUCAUGAGUGUACAGAUCAUAGUGAUGAAAUUAAUUGUGAAACACACUCAAAUUCAACUUGCGGUCCUGAUAUGUUUCAAUGCAGUUCACAGUUAAAAUGCAUACCUAAAGAAAAAGUAUGUGAUCGGGAUGAUGAUUGUGGAGACUGGUCCGAUGAACCUGCUUCUUGCGGCAUAAAUGAAUGUAAAUCUAAUCAAACACAUUGCUCUCAUGAAUGUAUUGAUGAUACAAUUGGAUUUCAUUGUGCAUGUCCUAAAGGAUUAAAGCUUGGUAAUGAUAGUAAAACCUGCUAUGAUAUUGAUGAAUGUACCGAAAAUUUUGGCGUCUGCUCCAAUCAUAAAUGUUUCAAUACUAAAGGAAGCUUUAAAUGUGAAUGUUUCGAUGGAUAUCUAUUGGUUGAUCAUCGUUUCUGCCGAGUUAAAACUAAUGAACAGCCAUUAAUCGUUUUUGCCAAUCGACAUGAUAUACGUCAAGCUCAUUUACCAGCUAAUCGUUCAGGACCGCGACAUUAUGCACCUUUAUAUCGUGAAUUAAGCUCGACUGUAGCUAUUGAUUAUAAUCUUAAAGGAAAUUAUUUAGUUUGGUCAGAUGUAAGUGAUGAGAUGAUUUAUAUCGGAAAGCUGAAUAAGAGUAAAGAGUCUAUCCAUGCCAAAGAAAAUUUUACUUCCCUUAUUUCAACUUCUGUAAAAAGUGUUCACGGAAUUGCCAUUGAUUGGAUCCAUGAUUUAUUAUAUUGGACGGAUGAUAUUGCUAAUACAAUUGAAGUCGCUCAAAUUGAAAAGCCUCACAACAGAAAAAUCAUUAUUGAAUCUGGUCUUGAUGAGCCUCGAGCCAUUGUUGUGGAUGUGAAAGAAAGCAUGCUUGUUUGGACUGAUUGGGGUGACCAUCCAAUGAUCGAAAAGUCAUCCCAAGAUGGUUCAAACCGAAAAACAUUAGUCGAUACAAAUAUCAUUUGGCCAAAUGGUUUAACUCUCGACAUUGUUACUAAAAAAAUUUACUGGUUAGAUGUCAAAUAUCAUACUUUAAGUGCAAUCAAUUACGAUGGAAGUGGUCGGAUAACACUAUAUGAAUCUCACACAUUCAUUAAUCAACCAUUCUCAGUGGACGUAUUCGAAGACUACUUGUAUUAUUCAGAUUGGAAACUUGAAGCAAUCCAACGUAUCAAUAUCAACGAUGAACCACGAAAAGCAGAUACUUUCAUGUCUGGACUUGUUGAAUCUCCAAUGGGUGUAAAAAUUGUUCACUCAAGUAAACAGCCAACAAUCUCAAAUAAGUGUAAAUCAUCUAAAUGUACUCAAUUAUGUUUGCCAUCAUCAACUAAAUCAACUAAUUAUCAAUGUGCAUGCCGUAAAGGAUAUUUACUAUCAACUGAUGGUUAUUCCUGUACAUCAGCUACCUCUGCAAUAUUGCAAAAAACCUCUUCAAUUUUAAGCUCUACUGCGAAGUCAACAACAGUUACCAAAACACCGGUAACUGUAACAUCAACUGUCCAAUCAUCAACGUUCCCAUCUAAGAAUGAAGUAUCAAGUUCAUCAUCAAGCAUUGGUAGUGAUAAAGAUUUAGAUGAAAGCUCAUCUCUUCGAAAGGGAGACAAAUCAAAGGACACUUCAUCAGGAAUCUCAAAUGAUUCCUCUAUUUUCAGUGAUAAUACCAAUAUAGUAUUAAAUUCGCCAUCAAGUUACUUCGAAACUGAUGCUCAUCUUGCUUUCAUCAUUAUUGCCAUUUGUUUGACUAUAGCUUUGUUUGUAACUCUGCUAACAUUUAUAAUUCAUAAGAAUUAUGCUAAGAGAAGCAUGACAUCAAUGAAUUUUGAUAAUCCGGUUUAUCGUAAAACCACAGAAGAACAAUUUGUACUUGAAAAAAGUGAAGAUACUGUUAAUUCUUAUCCAUCAAGUCUGGAACCGUUAAAUUGUCCGGGAACAAAUGAAUUUGUCUGAACAACAUGACAAUUUUCCUUUUCAGUUUCUUUUUUUGUAAAUAGAUUAAAUACUACCUGUAAAUAUUGUAAUCCAUACGAAAGGCAGAUUUCUCAUUACUCUCUGUUUCAUUUGCUCUCUCCUUUUUCUUCUCCUUCAAUCCUUUAUUUCUUCCUAAUCUAUUUUUGUUUUUUUUUGAAACCACCAUCAGUAUCUUCAAAAACGCCCUGACUCAACUCUACACUUUUUUGUUUCUAUCUUGUUCAGAAUCUCCCUAAAAUUUCUUUUUUUUCUAUUUCAAAAAGUAACUCUUUUUGAAGCUUUUCAAUAUAAUUGUGAUCGUUUUAGCGAGAGAUUGGAUAACAAAAAGAGCAAAAAUUCCUCACGCAACUAAAGACAACCUGUCAAAGCAUUUAAUAUAUUCACACUAAAGCUAAAAAUCAAAAUGGACAAUGAAAUAUUUCAAGUCACAAUUUCCUGUCUCAACAAGGUGCAAUCUCAAAGCCAAGAAUCAACCAAACAACCAACUCCAAGUAAAAGUCAGACUUUUUUCAGGCUCUAAUCUUUUUUGUUGUGAACCUCAAAUUUAGGAUUAAACAACUAAUGAAAAAGCAAAAGCAAAAAUGAAAUGAAUUAAAAUUUAGUGUUUGUUGAAUAAUUUAAACAAAUU